AUGGUCAAUGUAGCCGGCCGUUCGAAAGGAUGCUCAACCUGCCGCAGGCGCCGUAUCAAGUGCGAUGAGACUCGCCCAACAUGUCAGAGAUGCGAAAAGGCUGGCUUCAAAUGCGAUGGUCCACAGUCGAUCGUCUUUGUGCAAGGCAAAAUCGUCAAGUCUAGGAGGUCACAGAAGUUGAAGAGCAAGGCGGCGGACCCGCCUGUAACGACUGUCUGGAAGAGGCAAGAAGUAGAAGAGUCUACCUCGGAAUCUCCUGAAUACCGCUUCGACCUCCCUGAAAUCAGGCCUAAAUUCAACGACAAAGAAAUUUGCAUCUGUUAUGCACGCCGCCAUCUUCUACCCAACGGUCCCAUAGACCUAGGGUUACAGGAGCUUCAGCCCUCAGACAUUGUCACGGAUAACUACGCCGCAAAAGGAGCAAGCGGCCCAUUGUUUGUUCAAGCCGCACUCAGCUUUGCAACCCUCUUCUUCGGCGCGCAGCAUCACCAGAGCGGUAUCCUCACCGAAGGUUAUGCCAUACAUGGUGUAGCUCUUAAGCGGUUAAACCAGGCUUUAAGCCAGCCAGAACGGCGUAUGCAUGACGACGUAAUCGUUUCCGUCAUUCUAUUGGCUAUGCUUGAACUCUUCAUGCCCACUGGCCCUAGGAACUGGCUCAAGCACAUGCUUGGAUUGGAACAGCUUCUAGCACUACGUGACCCAGCAUCCCUGGCUUAUGCGUCGUUUCGCACACUAGAGCUGUACAAAGGUGUACGACACAUGAUACUGAUAGCAUCAUUGAGGAACAGAACGCCAUCAAUCUUUGCGCGACCACAGUGGAAAGCUGUACUGAGAACAGCACUCUCGCUGGAAACUCCAGAUGAACAAGACUUACACGAUGUGCUCGCAGAUUGCUCGGUGCUCAUAGCUGCGAGUGACGAGCUCUUCAAGCUUCAGCAUCCGUCUGGCUUAAGCUAUAUACAGCGGCGACAGGAGAUGCAAUGCAAGGCAGAUGGGCUCUUAGUCUUUCUUCAAGCGUGGAAACAACGAUGGGAUAGCAAUGAGGAGAAUGUCCAUAUUGAAGAAGAGUCUCUCGAUCUGACCACUACCGAGAUGUCGCCACGCAUCAUCUACAGGUUUAUGAGCGACUCUGUUGCGCGGAUGCUGAUGUUGUACAACACAGCGUUGAUCUACACCCUCCGUGUCAUGGCGACUUUAGAAAUCAAAACCAACGGCCCACAAGAGAAUCUGAGCGAUCACAUACAGGGCGACACAGGCGCGGAUGUUACGAACGAGAGUUCUUACUAUCCCGCCAUUGUUGCAGCAGGGCUCAAUAUUGCCCGCUGUAUCACUGACUAUUUGCAACACAAACGCGCGCGGGGAGAAACAGACUUUGUCUCACCCAUUGUACAGUGGACUGUGAUCACCGCUGGGCAGGCAUUAGGUGGCGAGGAGUCUCCGGAUGGUAAAUGGAUGGUCAGCCUGCUGAAAGGAGACGCUAUGUAUACGAUUGCGAAGAGAGCUUGGGAAGUUUGA